UUCUGUCAACCUCAGCGACUCCUCUAAGACUCGACAUCAGAAGAGAUUGACUACCUCACACACUAGCCAUGGCUCCCAAAGUCGAUCCCAACGAGGUCAAGGUCAUCCACCUGCGCGCGACCGGUGGUGAAGUCGGUGCCUCGUCUGCCCUCGCUCCCAAGAUUGGUCCUCUGGGUCUUUCGCCGAAGAAGGUUGGUGAAGACAUCGCCAAAGCUACCGGCGACUGGAAGGGUCUUCGCGUCACGGUCAAGUUGACCAUCCAGAACCGUCAAGCCGCCGUCUCAGUCGUCCCCUCCGCAUCGUCACUCGUCAUUAAGGCCCUCAAGGAGCCCCCGCGAGACCGCAAGAAGGAGAAGAACAUAAAGCACACCAAGAGCAUUCCCCUCGAUGAGAUCAUCAAUAUUGCGCGGACAAUGAGGUUCAAGUCGAUGGCCAAGGAUCUCAAGGGCACUGUCAAGGAGGUUCUCGGCACUGCCUUCAGUACGGGCUGCCAGGUCGAUGGUCGUAGUCCCAAGGAUGUCUCAGAUGACAUUGAGUCCGGCGAGAUUGAGAUUCCCGAAGAGUAAAUGCUCGCACCGGCGCAUUGCAACCGCCAUAGUGCGGAGGACUCGGGAUAUAGAGGGUGCUAUAUAGCUCAAUGAGGAUCAUGACUUCCACCUUGGCGCUUCGCUGCUUGUCGGGUGGGGCUCGCACGGCUCCGGCGUUUGGGUUGUCGAUACUGAAAAGUGACGGAAAUCGGCUGGCAUUCUGUAAGGGAAUAACAAACCUCAUCCCACCAUCCGCCUCCGAAUGCGUGAAUUCGAUUCGUACAUUGCAGAGUAUUGCAGUGCUAUAAUU